ACGUGAGAGAGACCGAAGAAUUAUCUAUUAUUAAAAAAUACAGCUACUUAUUCCGAAGAAUUGGUCAGAAAAUUGUCCAAAAUUUGCAGCUCUAAUCUACACGCUAAUCAAAUCUCUGGGUAAUUUCCGUAUGAAACCAGUAUCCACAACGACAGCAACUACACAUAAUUGAGUUUUUGGCUAAUUUUUGUUUGUUUUGACAGAAAGCAAUUUGUAAUUAAUGCUAAUAGUUGGAUUAGUGGUGUCACGCUGUGGAGGUGAUAAUACGGUGAUAUUAGUAAAAUUUUAGUCUUCAAAACUUAUUAUACAUAUACUUUUCAAAAGUGGAAUAUUUUCCGAUGAUUUCUGCUCACUUUCUAUUUCAAUUAUAAAAAAAAAAGACCCAAAAAUACGAAAAAUAUUUUUCUGCUGAAAGGGUAAUUUAAUCAGCACGGCUAAGAAAUAAAUAGGACAGAGAAGUCAACAAUGGUGACCUCCUUUUUAUAUUGAGAGGCCCUGAGACCAACCUCUUGCAACUUUCUACAUCUCAAUAACAAAAUCAUGGUUUGGGUUCAAAUUCUAACAAGAGUUCACUUUCAAUCCUUGGUUUAUUCUUGUUAAUUUACUUCCAAAGAUUGACUUGAACAACCCUCUCAAAGUCUUAUUCAAUGGGUAUUAAAAACCAAAGUCUUAUUAAAUUCAUUAAUGCCUAUCCAGCAAAUUUAAAUACAGGGUAAAGAUCUUCACCAUUCUGCAGAUAUGGCAUUACAAUCUUCAAUCAGAUUCAUCGACUCUGCACUCUUCUCCACUGGUCCUUUCGCUCUCUCCUACUAUGACCCUGACCAAAAAUGGCUAAUUCGAUCACACUUCAUUUCUCUUCUCCAAAACUUCCCUUCUCUCCGCCCUUCCACCGAUACUUUCACUCACAACGAUGGCACCAACGCCAACCUUUUGAAUGCCACCGGUGACCUUUUAGUCUCUCCCUCAACACCUGUUGUCCCUAUAACCAUUUGGGUCCAUGAAAACUACCCUCACAUGGCCCCAAUUGUUCUCGUCUCAUCAAACACCAUGUACCCAAUUCACCAAGACCACCCCUUCAUUGAUCCUUCUGGUCUCACCACAUUGCCUUAUCUCCAAAAUUGGCUCCACCCAAGAUCCAACCUUUUAGACCUUGUCCACAACCUUGUCAAUCUCUUUAGCUACAACCAUCCUUUCUACAAUUCCAAUGUUUUAAAAAUGGAGGCUAUGGACAAGCUCUCGUGUUCCCUUGUCUAUGACACAGUGGCUUUCAACGCUGAGACUGAGGAGGAAUUAGAGAGGUUAUCGACCCUCCAGGGCAAACUGGUGAAGAGAUUUGAUGUCGCGACAGGCAUGAUUAUCGGGCUUGAGGAUGAAAAGAUAGACUUGAAAAGGAGAGUGAUGGAGAUGACAGAGGAGGCUGAUGUUUUGAUGAAUUGGUUGAGAGUUCAUGACAAAAAUUGGGAUGAAAUGGGAGAUGAAUUUGAAGCUGUGGGUGAGGAGUCAAGGGCAGUGCUUGAUUGCUUGGCUAAAGAGAGGGCCUUGGAGGACUUGAUAUAUGCAUUGGACAAGGCUGUUGAGCAAGGGGUUGUGAGUUUUGACAUUUAUAUUGGGCAGGUUAGAAAAUUGGCUAGAGAGCAGUUCUUGCAUAGGGCUUUGGUAGUUAAAUUGAAGGGUCCUGAAAUGCUUACUUGGUCAGAUUGAUAUCAAGAUAGUACCAGUUUGGUUUGGAUUGAAUGCUUCCUUUUGAAACACACCAACACAAAUUUGCACACAUACUCUGUACAUAUAUGUUUUAGAAUCGAAAUUUUCUUUUGUGAUUUUCUGUUACGAUCUAGCUAUCAUAGUUUUUUUUAUUUAACGGUUUAGAUUUAAAAUAAAACAAAACAACGUCAAUUUGAGAUGUGAAUUUUUUUUGAAUAAAAUAAAAUUGUUGCCAUUUUGA